GUACAAAUAGUACCUGUGUAAAGGCACAGUGCAGAGCGACCAAUUCAUCAGUGACCAUUGCACAGUGAGACUGUAAAAUGUCUUCUACCCAGUUCGGUAACAAUUUGGAGAAUACAAAUUUUGCACAAUCCAAUCCUGGUGCCCCCCCACCUGCCCAGUGGAAUGUUUCUCCAGGACAAAAUAUAUCUCCUAACCCUCAAAUGUGGAAUGCUCCCACUCUUCAGCAAUGGUACAAUCCAACAAUCAUACCACCAAUGACCCAGUCAACUGCAUUCCAUCAAGUAUUUCUGCAGGGCAAACCAAAAACUCAGGGGAAUAUCCUGAUUGUUGUUGGCAUCUUACACCUUGGGAUGGGUCUUGGUCUAAUUUUCACAGCAACCUAUACUGCGGUGUACAGUGGAAUCCCGUUUUGGGGACCUGUUUUUAACUUCAUUGCAGGGUCUUUGUCACUGGCAGCUGUGUCCAAGCCUUCCAUGUGUCUGAUAAAAGGCUCCCUGGGCUUGUGCAUUCUAAUAUCUAUUUUCUCUCUUGUUGGACUGAUACUGAACAUUGUGGAUUACUUUGUUUUAUAUUACUGCUAUGGUUCUUAUAAUGAAUGCAAUGAUUUAGUUAUUGGAGGUCAUGUUCUUCGUGGAUUAUUUAUUUUUACAUAUCUGCUGCAGUUCUCCGUUUCUGUUCGUCUUUCUGUGUUUGGCUGUCGGGCUGUCUCAAAUCCAACACCACCCACCCAGGUAUUUGUGCUACAGAGCUGUCCUGCAGCUCCGCAACCAUCAGCAGUUCCUGGAUCCUAUCCCGUCUACCCUUCACAACAACCACCCCCUUACAUGAUGCAAAGCGGAAUGGGUGGUGGACCAACAGCGUAACAGAAUCGUCUAACUCAAAGAGACUUGCCUUUGCUUUACUCCUUUGUUGCACAACCUCUUCUCCCUCAUAUAAGCUUUAAAAUUAAUUUAUUUGGUGGCCAUUUGUAAAGAUUCCUCCUAUCUUUACCACAUGGAUACUGUCACUAUAUCAACAUGUAUAGUGUCUCAAAGAGAAUCACUUUAAUAACUCUCAAACCUGUGCAGGCUUUGUGAGAAUUAAGAGCACUUUAUGCAGUACUACAGAAGAAAAAUAAAGGAAAUGAGUUACCAUGGACAUACUGUACAGAACAUAUUAAGAAAAUACUGAGGAAACUAGGAUAAUUCAAAUAAUGAAAAAAAAAAUUGGAGUGAUGACUUUCUUCUAACAACAGAUGUAGAAAAUGUGAAUAAACCUCCUAUAGCCAGAGAAGAAUUGCUUUUGUCCACGAUACAUUUAUUUUUGAAAAUGUACAUUUAAUAUAAGCAAUUACUUGUUUUUGUUUUAAUUUAUUAUGCCUUGUUAUAAAUGGCUAUUUGGGUGUCAGCGGCUUGUUUCAGUGCAGAAGCAUAAAACUUUUAAUAUCCCCUAAAUAUUAAAAGUUUUAUACUUCUGCAAUUAGAGGCGCCUUGUUUGUUUUUCU